AUUGAGGGCGCCACAUGAUUCUCCUUCGUCGUUUAGUCUGUGUCCUGAGUGAUUUCUCUGUUGUUUCGAAAGUUUGCUGUCAUUUUUUUGAAAUUUCAUCAUCAUUUUAUAACAUUUCAUAGAAAAAUGAUUUGAGACAUUGUUCUAUGACGAGAUUAGCUUGAACUAUUAUUGUUUCUCUUAUUUGUCGUUCUCAAAGCUCCUGAUCGAUCCACAUUUCAUCGACAGUGUCGCAGAAGUUGCCAGUCUCCGCAGACAACUUCUGUCUUCAAAAGAUAGUGCAAGACAAUGCACGAGGAACCGGUACAUAAAUUACAGUGGUAAAGAUGCGAGACUCUCGUCGAGUCGCGUGUGCUCCCGUGGCAGCCUAGCAGCGGAAUCAGCACGGCUCGACGACGAUGCGAGAUAACUCUAAAGAAAUGUUCAUUAUCAGAGCUUUAGAAAAGAUCCUGGCUGACCGGGAUGUCAAACGGUCGCACCUUUCUCAACUUAGAAAAUCCUGUGAAACUGCACUUGAUAACUUACGAAAUGAGAUCAAAGAAGGCUCUAAUACUCAAGUCUCAACUGCUUUGCCACAACCACGCAGUGAUUCAUAUGUUAUUUCUGCAGAAAAGUAUUUUCUGCCAUUUGAAUUGGCUUGCCAGAGCAAGUCACCAAGAAUUGUGGUUACUGCUCUAGAUUGUUUGCAAAAAUUAAUUGCAUAUGGACAUCUUACAGGAAAUAUACCUGAUUCUACAGAGCCAAAUAAAUUAUUGAUUGUUCGCAUUGUUGAGACAAUAUGCGGAUGUUUCAUGGGGCCACAAACGGAUGAAGGAGUUCAAUUGCAAAUUAUAAAAGCUCUUCUUACAGUAAUGACAAGUCAACAUGUAGAAGUUCAUGAAGGUACUGUCUUGCUUACUAUACGUACAGUGUAUAGUGUUUACUUGGCUUCAAGGAAUCUAGUAAAUCAAACUACUGCUCGAGCUACACUCACUCAAAUGAUUAAUGUUAUUUUUGCACGUAUGGAAACGCAGGCAGAGGAAGAAAUAGUUCGAACUGAAGUAGAAUCUGAAACAAACAAUAUGAAUUCUACUAAUUGUAAUUCUGGUGGUGAUAUUGAAACUGAAGCAGUGAAUCAUGAAGAAUCUAUGGAGAAUAAUCAAGAACCACAAUUGAUAGUUCGAGGAAUUUUGGAAGAUGUUGUAAAUUCCAUUAUUCCUGAAGAUUCAACAAAUACAACUAUAAUAACAUCAGAAGAAACCAGUUUAGAUCAAGUGCCUAUAGACGAAAAUUCUGAUGAAGCUGUUGUAGAAAAUGACAAUAUGGUUCGGGCAAAAUUCACACAUGUAUUGCAAAAAGAUGCUUUCUUGGUUUUUAGAGCUCUUUGCAAACUUUCAAUGAAACCACUUCCUGAUGGUACUCCAGAUCCCAAGUCUCAUCAAUUAAGAUCAAAGAUUCUUUCUUUGCAAUUGCUUCUUGGUAUACUGCAAAAUGCUGGGCCAGUAUUGCGUUCUAACGAAAUGUUUGUUAUAGCCAUAAAACAAUAUCUUUGUGUGGCAUUGUCGAAAAACGGUGUCUCUUCUGUUCCUGAAGUAUUUGAAUUAUCUCUGGCAUUAUUCCUUGCAUUACUGGCUCGUUUCAAAGUGCACUUAAAGAUGCAAAUAGAAGUUUUUUUUAAAGAAAUUUUUAUGAACAUUCUUGAGACUUCUAGUAGUUCCUUUGAACACAAAUGGAUGGUAAUUCAUGCUUUGACUCGUAUUUGUGCGGACGCACAAAGUGUUGUAGAUAUAUAUGUAAACUACGAUUGCGAUUUGUCAGCUGCGAAUUUAUUUGAAAGACUUGUGAAUGACUUAUCAAAGAUUGCACAAGGUAGACAAGCUCUAGAAUUAGGUGCUUCACCUAAUCAGGAGAAAUCAAUGCGGAUCAGGGGUCUUGAAUGCUUGGUAUCAAUUUUAAAAUGUAUGGUCGAAUGGAGCAGAGAUUUGUAUGUGAAUCCUAGUGUUCCAGCUGAUCAACAAUUUCCAUCUGAGCCUCCUGAUCCUCCAGUAGAACCUCCACUUCCUCGUUAUGGAAGUGCUGGCAGUCUCUCUUCGGCAAAUUCUAGUUUAGUAGGUAAUAAAGAGAUCCCAGAUUCUCCUGAGCAAUAUGAAGUGCAAAAACAACAAAAAGAAGUCUGGGAGACUGGAAUUGACAUUUUUAAUCGAAAACCAAGUAAAGGAGUACAAUAUCUUCAAGAACAAGGUCUCUUAGGCAAUUUGUCUGAAGACGUUGCUCGUUGGCUUCAUAUGGACGAACGUCUUGAUAAGACCGCGAUUGGCGAUUUUCUUGGCGAUCAUAAUCAUAAUCAGGUAAUGUACAGUUAUAUUGAUCAAAUGAAUUUUGCCGAUCGCGAUUUAGUUACAGCCCUCAGAUAUUUUCUCGAGGGUUUCCGAUUGCCUGGUGAAGCCCAGAAAAUUGAUCGCCUGAUGGAAAAGUUUGCUAGCAGAUAUUGCGAAUGUAAUCCAAAUAAUGGAUUAUUUACAAGUGCGGAUACUGCAUAUGUAUUGGGUUUCUCAAUUAUUAUGCUAACUACUGAUCUUCAUUCACCUCAAGUAAAAAAUAAAAUGACAAAAGAACAAUACAUAAAACUAAAUCGACGUAUUAGUGACAAUGAGGAUUUGCCUGAAGAAUAUUUAUCGAAAAUUUAUGAUGAGAUUGCGGGUAAUGAAAUUAAAAUGAAAUCCAAUCCUAAUCGACCUGGCAAACAAGUAAUAUCUAGUGAAAAGAAGCGACGGCUUCUAUGGAAUAUGGAAAUGGAAGUAAUUUCAACAGCAGCCAAAAACUUAAUGGAAUCUGUUAGUCAUGUUCAAGCACCGUUCACUACAGCUAAACACUUAGAACAUGUUCGACCGAUGUUCAAAAUUGCAUGGACGCCAUUUUUAGCUGCAUUCAGUGUUGGCCUUCAAGACUGUGAUGAUCCAGAAAUUGCCUCUCUUUGUCUAGAUGGUAUUAGAUGUGCAAUACGCAUCGCUUGUAUAUUUCAUAUGACGUUAGAACGGGACGCAUAUGUGCAAGCUUUAGCACGGUUCACCUUAUUGACUGCAAAUUCACCAAUCACUGAAAUGAAAGCAAAAAAUAUUGACACAAUUAAAACUUUAAUUACUGUCGCUCACACUGAUGGCAAUUAUCUUGGUAGUUCUUGGUUGGAUGUUGUAAAGUGCAUCUCUCAACUUGAGCUUGCUCAAUUGAUUGGCACUGGAGUCAGACCACAGCUUCUUGGUCCUCCUUCAAAACCACAUUUCCCAGCACCAUUAGUGAAUUUCAACUUAACUCACAAUAAUUCUCACCAAAAUAAUAAUUUGAAUCUCAGUUCGUUAGAUCCCAGUGUAAAAGAAUCUAUAGGUGAAACAAGCUCUCAAAGUGUGGUAGUUGCUGUUGAUCGAAUAUUUACUGGUUCUACUAGAUUAGAUGGUGAUGCUAUUGUAGAAUUUGUAAAAGCUCUCUGUCAAGUUUCUUUAGAAGAAUUAUCUCAUCCAACACAACCAAGGAUGUUUUCUUUAACCAAGAUUGUAGAGAUUUCUUAUUACAAUAUGGGACGUAUUAGACUCCAGUGGUCUAGAAUUUGGCAAGUGAUAGGAGAUCAUUUUGAUAGGGUUGGCUGUAGUCCUCGUCAGGAUAUUGCCUUCUUUGCAGUCGAUUCUUUAAGACAACUUGCAACCAAAUUCAUUGAAAAAGGAGAAUUCGCUAAUUUCCGAUUUCAAAAAGAUUUUCUUAGGCCAUUUGAGCAUAUUAUGAAGAAGAACCGUUCUCCGGUGAUACGGGAUAUGGUAGUUCGUUGUGUUGCCCAAAUUGUGCACUCACAGGCUCCUAACAUUCGAUCAGGAUGGAAAAAUAUAUUCAGCGUAUUUCAUCAUGCAGCUAGUGAUAGAGAUGAAGCUGUAGUGGAGCUUGCGUUUUCUAUGACUGGAAAAAUUAUAAAUGAGUUAUAUGCUGAAGAUUUUAGUAUUAUGGUUGAUUCUUUCCAAGACGCUGUAAAGUGCCUCAGUGAAUUUGCUUGCAAUGCUUCCUUUCCAGAAACAAGCAUGGAAGCUAUAAGAUUGAUACGUUCUUGUGCAUCAUAUAUUGAUGCCAAUCCGAAUCUCUUUGCAGAGGGCAUGAUGGAUGAUAGUGGAAUGGUAUCCGAAGAAGACAGAGCUUGGGUUAGAGGGUGGUUCCCAUUGUUAUUUGAAUUAUCAUGUAUAGUAAGCAGAUGUAAAUUAGACGUUCGAACACGUGCAUUAACUGUUCUUUUCGAUGUUGUGAAAACACAUGGAGCUUCUUUUAAACCUCAUUGGUGGAAAGAUCUAUUCCAAGUUUUAUUUAGAAUCUUUGAUAACAUGAAACUUCCUGAGCAACAUACAGAGAAAGCAGAAUGGAUGACAACAACGUGCAAUCACGCUCUAUAUGCAAUCGUCGAUGUAUUUUCACAAUUUUACGAUAUUUUGGGACCUCUUCUUCUAGAGCAGUUAUAUUCUCAGCUACUCUGGUGUGUACAACAAGACAAUGAACAGCUGGCACGUUCUGGAACCAACUGCUUAGAAAAUCUAGUGAUCAGCAAUGGUAUAAAGUUUGACGAACAAACUUGGGAAAAAACUUGCAGUUGUGUUCUGGACAUUUUUCAAAGUACUCUGCCAUCUGCUUUACUCACCUGGAAACCCCAAUCACCUAAUAAAGAAUCUGACUUAGAUGUAAUCACAGGAGAAACAGAUAGUCAUGUAGGAAUUCUUAAAAGAAGUAACAGUUCUCAAAGUUUAACAAAUGGCGAGACUGUGAAGAACAAAAUUUUUUCUGCAUUAUUAAUAAAGUGUGUCGUGCAAUUAGAAUUGAUUCAGACUAUAGACAAUAUUGUAUUUUACCCAGCCACAUCGCGGAAAGAGGAUCAAGAGAACUUAGCGUUAGCACAAGCAGAUAUGUUUAAUGGAAAGUCUUCUGAAUUGGGUGCAAGGGCUGGUGCAGAUCAACAAAAGGAGGAACAGGGCAUGUAUUGUGCUCUGACUACAAUGCACUUAUUGCAAUUAGUUGAAUGUUUAUUAAAGUCCCAUAGAUUUGCAAAGAGCUUUAAUUCUAAUCACGAGCAAUGGAAUGUGUUAUGGAAGGCUGGUUUCCGGGAUAAUAUCAAACCAAAUUUGCUUAAACAAGAAACACAAUCUUUAGCAUGUGCAUUAAGAAUUCUUUUCAAAAUGUAUAGUGACGAAGCUCAUAGAGUUGAUUGGAGCAAAGUGGAAGCAAGACUUGUUGAGGUAGCCUGUGAAGCAUUACAAUAUUUCUUGACACUUUCUACUGAAGCUCAUAGAGAUGCCUGGACUCCAAUACUUUUGUUACUUCUCACAAGGAUCCUAAAGAUGAAUGACAAUCGGUUUGCUGUUCACGCAUCUAGCUGUUAUCCCUUACUUUGUGAAGUUAUGUGCUUUGAUCUCAAACCAGAAUUAAGGUCUGUCCUCCGAAGAUUUUUCUUAAGAAUUGGUCCAGUAUUCAGGAUCACACAGCAGUAAUUAUUAUAAUAAAAUCGUUGAAAUAUGCGAUUAUGUAAUCUUUGAGAUGACCUUAAAAGUGAUAGGAGAGAAUUUUGCAAUUUGAAACUGACUUUUUUUUUGAAUGAACAUGAAAAGUUUUUAUAAUUAAGUCAAAUUUAAAUUAUUUAUUUGUUUAUAUAAAGAAAAUGAUGAGAAUAUAAAAUUUUUAAUCAGAUUGAUUUUAGAUUUUUAUUUUGAAGAAAAAAAUCUAAAAUAAAUAUAUUUGAUGAUGAAAAAAUACUGAAAAAUACAAAAUUAAUUUAACUUUUAAAAUUUUUUAAUAAUUUAUAUAUAUAUAUAUUGUUUUUUUUUUUUUAUUAUUUUUAAUUUGAAAAUAACUAUGCUUUAUUCUUGCAAGAAUUUCUCCUAUGUAUUGUAAUUUGAAUUAGAAUAAAAAAAAAAUGGUUCGUUUAAAAUAUUUUAUCUUGAAAAAUAAAAGAAAAAUUAUUAAAUAUGGAUCUUGUUCGAUAUUUAAAAAUAAACAUACGAAAUAAUAUGUCGAACAAAAUGAAUUUUAGUAAAAUCUUAAAAAAAAGCAUAAUAUGUAUGUAUUGUAUAUCUUUAGAACUUUCUUUAUAUUUAACAUAUUCUUCAUUUUUAUAAAAAAAAAGAGGGGAUUUGAAGUGAAGAGUUAUAUAGUCCAAUUAAUACAUAUAUUUAAUAAAUAAGAUGUUUUCUGGACUUGAUAAAAUAUAGAAUUUCUAAAGAAGAUAAUAAUAAUAGACUUAUAUUCAUAUAUGUAAAUUUUCUUUUUACAUUCAAAUUCAAAUUGGAAGAUUUUAAAUAUUUUAAUGAAAUUUUAUGGGAUUUUUAUUUUACUUAAUUAUAAAUGAAAAUUAACAAGAGACAUUUCUAAAUAUAAAUUAUUUAAAUAGAAUAUAUAAUAAUAAUUCUCGGAUGUAAAUAAAAGAAUAAAAUUUAUUUAAAAUUAUGAAAACGUAAUAUAUGUUUUGAAUAACAAAUUUGGUAUAUUUAAUAUGAAAUGAAUAAGAAAAAAAAAAGUAGUAUUUCCAGGAAAUGCAAUAUUUAUCAAAUAUUUUGUAUAUUUAAUUAUUAUUAAUAUAUACAAAGUGUCUCUUGAAGUAUAUUAUAUUAUAACAAAAAAUAGAUUACUGAGUGAAAAAUAAGAUGAUUUUCAAUAUUUUUAUAGCAUUGAUUAGUAACUUUAUAAUUCCUAAGUAUGUUGAAAACUCUAUAAUGUUAAGUAGAAUUUUUAAUAGAUCUUGUUUUUGACUUAGAAAUCUUUAUAGUACAUUUCUAUAGACACUUUCCAUAUAUUUAUAUAAAAUACUUAGGAAAUGAUGGUAUAAGCAAGAAAUGGCAGAUACUUAAUUAAAGAUAAAAAUGUAUAUGUUUUGUUAGAUGUUCUUUUAUUUUAUGUCAUAAUGUAAAAAAAAUGUAAAAAAUAGCUAUUAUGUAUUAAUAUAUUAGAAAAAAAAAUAUUCUAUUAUAAAAUUUUUAAACAAUUAAAGUUUCAAUUUUUAUAUGUUUAAAAUUCUUUUAAUUUUUUCCAAGAUUUUAUUUGCUAUUUUUGUAUAUAUUUUAUAUUCUAUCACAUAUAUCAUACUUUGUUAUAUCAAAAUAAACAUAUAAAUAAUAAAAAUAAAAUAUAAAAAAAAUCAAAGAUUUCAAGGAAAUUAAAAAAAACAAUAUAUAAAGAAGAAUUAAAAAAUAUCUCAUAAAAUUUAUACAUAUAUUUAAUAUUAUGAAGUUUCUCAUUUCUAGCUUGUACUACUAUUUUCGAAAUAUAAAAUAUAAAAUGUUGUGUAUAAAAUGCAAUAUGCGCAUAGUCAUCACUGAGUAGUCAUAUAAAUAUAAAUAUCCAUUGUGGAUAAAUAUUCAAACAACGAGUGAUAAUUAUUCUGAUAACUUGCAAGAUUAUAUAUGAAUUUAAUCUAAGGAUAACACAUGAAAAAUUUUGUGAAUGCACAUUGCAUGUAUAUUCACAUUGCAUACAAACUAUUUAUGUUUAAGUCAGAUUAAUUAUUUACAUAAUAUAACUUUAUUUAAAUAAAUUCUAGAGAAACAAGGAAAUCUAUUUGUUUCUGUUUACUUUGUUUUGAAAAAAAUCACUAUAUAGAUUGUGAAAUAUAUUUUAUGUAUGUACAUGGAACUAAAAUAUUCUUAAUGUAUUCAUAUUUACAUUAAAAUUUAUGUUUCUGCAA